CGGUGCGGCCACGCUGUCGCCCCGGGGAGACGGAGACUGGAGGCCCACAGGUGGCCCGGGGUUUCGAACGGCGCCGCCGCUGCUUUUACGUCAGGCAGCGCCCGAGUGCCACGGCCUCAGCUCGGGGCUGCCCGGGUGGCGCGGGCGGCCAAGGGCCCUGUAGUGGAGCACCGACCGGACGGCCGUGGGUCCCCAGGGCCACGGACCCCGGAGCCCCGUUAGAGCGAUUUCGAAACGAGCUCGGCGCCGUCGCCGACGUUCUCCCCGCCCGCGAGUCUUUGUUUACCGAGCCCGCAUCGGGAACCGGCCUGUGGCUGCGGUCCCCGGGGAGCCUUGGCAGGGCGGGGGUGGGGGCCGAGGGCGUCCCGCGGCCGAGUCCCCGCCUCCCCCCUGCCCCCUGCUACUCCCCGCCUCGGCGUCUUAAUUUAGUUACCGACGUGGGCGACGGGGUGCAGACCGUUAACGCGCCGCGCCUGGGCCCCUCGGGGCUGGCGGGCGGGGCCGGCCGGCGAGCUCGCUCUGAGUUCUCAUUGGCGGACGACCUGUCACGAAGCGGGCCUCCCGGGCCGUGCUCCCCGCCCCCUUGAAGGUCUGGACAUUAAGACAGCACAAAAACUUUGGCUGGAGCUUUGAUCGAGCAAAUGCUAAAAAGCCACGUAAAGAAGAUCCCUAACAGCCAUUUCUCAACAAUUAUAUAGUCAACUGAUGUAACAAUGGUACUAAUAUUGGGACGCAGACUAAACAGAGAGGAUCUUGGGGUGCGUGAUUCCCCAGCAACUAAGCGUAAAGUUUUUGAAAUGGACCCUAAAUCUCUGACAGGCCGUGAGUUUUUUGACUUCUCUUCAGGAUCAUCCCAUGCUGAAAACAUACUCCAGAUAUUUAAUGAAUUCCGAGACAGUCGCUUAUUCACAGAUGUUAUCAUCUGUGUGGAAGGAAGAGAGUUUCCUUGCCAUAGAGCUGUUCUCUCAGCCUGCAGUAGCUACUUCAGAGCUAUGUUUUGUAAUGACCACAGGGAAAGCCGAGAAAUGUUGGUUGAAAUCAAUGGUAUUUUAGCUGAAGCUAUGGAAUGUUUUUUGCAGUAUGUUUAUACUGGAAAGGUGAAGAUCACUACAGAGAAUGUACAGUAUCUCUUUGAAACCUCCAGCCUCUUUCAGAUUGGUGUUCUCCGGGAUGCAUGCGCCAAGUUCUUGGAGGAGCAACUUGAUCCUUGUAACUGCUUAGGAAUCCAGCGCUUUGCUGACACUCAUUCACUCAAAACGCUCUUCACAAAAUGCAAAACUUUUGCAUUACAGACUUUUGAGGAUGUGUCCCAGCAUGAAGAAUUUCUUGAGCUUGACAAAGACGAGCUCAUUGACUAUAUUUGUAGCGAUGAACUUGUUAUUGGUAAAGAGGAGAUGGUUUUUGAAGCCGUCAUGCGUUGGGUCUAUCGUGCUGUUGAUCUGCGAAGACCACUGUUACACGAGCUCCUGACACAUGUGAGACUCCCUCUGCUGCAUCCCAACUACUUUGUUCAAACUGUGGAGGUGGACCAAUUGAUUCAGAAUUCUCCUGAGUGUUACCAGUUGUUGCAUGAAGCAAGACGGUACUAUAUACUUGGGAAUGAAAUGAUGUCUCCAAGGACGAGGCCACGCAGGUCCACUGGCUAUUCAGAGGUGAUAGUUGUUGUUGGAGGCUGUGAACGAGUUGGAGGAUUUAAUCUUCCGUACACUGAGUGCUAUGAUCCUGUAACAGGAGAGUGGAAGUCUUUGGCUAAGCUUCCAGAAUUCACCAAAUCAGAGUAUGCGGUGUGUGCUCUAAGGAAUGAUAUUCUUGUUUCAGGUGGAAGAAUAAAUAGCCGUGAUGUCUGGAUUUAUCACUCACAGUUAAAUACUUGGACCAGAGUUGCCUCUCUAAAUAAAGGCAGAUGGCGUCACAAAAUGGCUGUCCUCCUUGGUAAAGUAUAUGUUGUUGGAGGCUACGAUGGCCAAAACAGACUCAGCAGUGUAGAGUGUUAUGACUUCUUCUCAAAUCGAUGGACUGAAGUUGCUCCCCUUAAGGAAGCAGUGAGUUCCCCUGCUGUGACCAGCUGUGUGGGGAAAUUAUUUGUGAUUGGUGGAGGACCUGAUGAUAAUACUUGUUCUGAUAAGGUUCAGUCUUACGAUCCAGAAACCAAUUCUUGGCUCCUUCGUGCAGCUAUCCCAAUUGCCAAAAGGUGUAUAACAGCUGUGUCCUUAAACAAUCUGAUCUAUGUUGCUGGUGGACUGACCAAAGCAAUAUACUGUUAUGAUCCAGUUGAAGACUACUGGAUGCAUGUACAGAAUACAUUCAGCCGACAGGAAAACUGUGGUAUGUCAGUGUGCAAUGGUAAAAUAUAUAUCCUGGGUGGAAGACGGGAAAAUGGAGAGGCCACAGACACUAUUCUCUGUUACGAUCCUGCGACAAGUAUCAUCACAGGUGUGGCCGCGAUGCCCAGGCCCGUGUCCUAUCACGGCUGUGUGACUAUUCACAGAUACAACGAAAAGGGCUUUAAGCUCUGAAGCCAGGCUACCUCACCCAAGGAGCCGUGCGGAGAAGAUGACAGGUUUCGAAACUCCAGAGUGGGAACUUACCUCCUUCGUGCCCUAUGCAAAAACAGUAAAAAUAAUGAUCCUGGUGCCUUUCUCCCAGAAAUGUCAAUCUUGUAAACUGUAAUAAAGCCUUUCCUAUCAUUGAAAAAAGUUGUUUGUUGUUAAGGAUAAUAGCAGUUGUUGCUUGGCCUUUGGGAGUGUACCUUUGUAAAUAUUUGUAAGAAGCCUGUGUGGAGUAGGAAAUAAUGUCUGUACUUUUAGGAAUCUGUGAAUGGGCUCUUCAUUUAUAUAUUUUUAGCUACAAGAUUUAUUUUAUCAUAUGUAGAGAAAAUUGCAUGGCUGAAGCUUAGUUUAGGUUGACUCACCUAAUGCUAAGAACAUUUAUAUUGCAUUCUGAGAGGAAAAAGUCAGUUUUCAAAAUCUUUGUCACUGACAUACAAUUUCCAAAUUAGCUUAUUUUAUUAAAAUUUUUUUCUGUAAUUGAUAAAAAGGUAAAAUGACAAUUUGAGUGUCAUAAAAUAUUGAAUUAUUGUGACUUUUUUUUUUUUUUUUUGGUACCGGGGAUCAAACUCAGGAACCUGGCACUGCGAGGCAGGCGCCGGAACCACUGAGCUAAAUCCCUGGCCAGUGACUUCAUUCUUAUACUUGCUGUCUUACACAAAACACGUUUUUGUGGGGAAAGUAGGAAAUAAAAAUGUAAAUGCCCAUAAAAGAGGGAUUAAAAAUACAGAUGAAUUCCUAAGAAAAAAUAAAUAUUGAAGAAAAAAACUUGUGACCUACAGUGACUUUCCAAGUAGCUGUACAUCAAAAUAAGUCCUCUAAGGAAGUUUUGUUCCUUGAACCUGACAAGGGAGUUGAAUCCAUUUUGCAGUAUGGUCUUGUGAAAAACAGCGAUGAGUCUCUCCCAGCCCAGCAGGGUUUGGCCUCAUUAUUGCAGCGCUUUGGGUGACCUCGUCCCUGUUAUCCACUGUCUUGUGAACACCUGAAAGUUCUGAGAAUCUCUGUUGUUAGGGUGCCUUUCGUAGGCCAAACCAGGGACCACAUAUCUCAGUGGGUCCAUUUCUUUUAUAUUUAACUGGAAAGAAGGAAUAGUCGUUCCAGUCUUCUAAGAUACAUCUUUCACUUGGUACCCAUUGUGUAAAAUACUGAUCAGCAUUUUCAAGUUUCCAUAAGACAAACUGCUUUCAUUUAUAUUUCUCAACUCCAGUUUAUAAAGCUUACCAGUUUUCCAAAAGGAAUAUAGAAUUUUUUCUAAGGCAAAUAAAUGGACAUGGAACUACAGCAUAAAUAAUUACCAUGAGUCCUGGUUGGACAGAUACAAUCUACAGCAUCUUAGGCCGGCACCACGCAGCCUGCUGUCUUCACUCCCCAGUCACUGUUGUCUUUCACAUAAUUGUAUAUUCUGUGCCGUGGUGGGGGUGAUGCGGAGACCUGAUUUUAGUGUUGCCAGCUUUCUGUUAAAACCAAAGUAGUAAUCAAAAACCUAACAUUGGUAAACUUUUCUUCCUCGUCUUGGAAAUUUCAGGCAGAGAAAUUUUAAUGCUUAGCUAGAAUCUAAAUUCUGAAAAAAAAACUCUUAAAAACUACAUCUUUGAGGAAUUUUUAUUUUUUUAAGUCAUAAUUUUAAAAUGAAACUUUGUGAAAACUAUCAAAGAAAUUCAGAAAACAGGUGUCUCAUUUUAGUUGAAAGCCAAUUUGUACAAUUUAGGAUACUUGAAUAGUAAACAUCUGCAUUAUACUUUUGUAAAUAAUGGAACCUAUUUAGUUCAGAAAUUCUUUACAGUAAAUGAGAUAAUGUAUGAAAAAACUUGUAAAUGCUUAGGAUUAUACAAAUGAUAGGUGUUAUUUUCAUGUGUAUUGUAAGGUUAUGUCUAUCCAUAUAUAGACCACAUAAAAAGGCUUUCUCAAGAUAACUUUGUAUCCUAGUAUUUUUGUUUAUUAUACAAAUAUUAACUUGUAUUUUGUUAUAGUUCUUUUUCACAUCCAUGUGUUUAUUGUACAUUUGAAGUGAAACUUGAAAAGCCAGAAUUUGUUUAAACAUAAACCUCAUACCAAUAUUGUUUAAUUUUUUUCUCUAUCUAAAUUGAAUAGUUGUAAUUUGUGUUGAAGGCCACCAAGGGCUCAUCUUGAAUUCUAGAAAAUUAUUUUUGAAGUUACCCAACUGAUACUUUCACUUCAGUUAAAGAUUUUUACUGCUGGGUGUGGUGGUGCACACCUAAAGUUCUAGUACUCCAGAGGCCGAGGCAGGAGGAUUGCCCCCUGUUCAAGGCCAGCCUGGGCUACAUAGUAAGACGCUGUGUCAAAAAAAAAAAGAGCCUUUCCUAAUUUGUAAUAAUUAAUUCCCUUAUCCUUGAUAAAAUAAGAUAGAACCUUAGGUUAUAUGAAAAAGGAUAUGCCAAGCAAGUUGUUGUCAGGUUAUAUUCAUUCUGUCAUCCCAUAGUUGACAGGUUUUCUUUUGAUAGCUGAAGUUCCUAUGAGCUUCUGGGUUAGUACAUGUAUAUAUGUAUGUGUAUGUGCAGACAGUAUGGUUGUGUACACACAUACACAAACAUCAGGAAUCUUUGCAGUUUGUGAUCAGAAAAAGGAAAAAUUUGUUGAUCAUAUUAAAUUCAAUUCUAGAAUUUUCAACUAUUUCUAUAGUACUUUUUAUAUUUGAAAGUACAGAAUGAGCUGGGCAUGGUGGCACACACCAGUAAUCCCAGCACUUGGGAGGCUGAGGCAUGAGGAUCGCCACGAUUUCGAGGCCUGCUUGAACUACAUAGUGAGACCCUGGCUUAGCCAAAAACAGUACAAGAUGAGUGUCAGUAACGAUGACUUCUAUACUAUCAGAAUCUGCAUAGCACACCAGUUUUAGAAGGUCAGAAAAGAAAUCGGCAGUAAAGAUGAGUUUGCUGAACUAGCUGUGAUGCCUCAGUCGGAAAGGAAAUCCAGAGUAUGCUUUACAGAGCAACAGAAAGUACAAUUGAUGCGCGUGUGUUUCGUGACCUUUAACCCUUUGCUGUUCUCCAGUAUGUGAGGGAGUGCAAAGUCCUCUAACUUCCUCCUCUUCUGUGAUACUGCCGCUGACUGUACUGCGCGGGUAUGGUAACCUGUUGGCCCUUCAGUAACCAUUUUUUCCUAGAUGGCUGAAACAUAGGUAUUUACUCCAUUUAAACCAGGUUAUGAUGUAAAUACUCAGGGAGGGUAUUAACCUGUCACGUUUGGCUAUUUGGGGUGUUUAAAGUCCCAUAACCUUCAGUUGAUGAUUCUGAAAUUAAAUUUGGUAAAGGGGCUUUGCACACGGCAGUAGUUGAACAUUCUUUUAUACCUAGGAAGAUGAAAAUGUUUUUGUGAGCUGAUACAUUUUCUCUUAGUGAAUAUGAAUUGUCUAUCUCUGACAACCCUUUUUCAAACUCAGGAAGACAAAGGUUGAGUUACACUACUUUUGUCAAUAUGCAAACCAGGUGUGUGUUUCUUUUUCCUGUUACCUGGAUAUGGCAGUAGAUUUAACAAAUACUGUGAGAACCUAUACAUGACAGUAGAGGGGCUGAGUUAUUUGUGUGUGCCUUGUGUGUCUUGAGGUUUAUAUGUGGGAAAGACAUCUCCAGACUAUUUUCAAAAAGGAGAGCUUGCCAUUUAUAUGGUGCAAAGUGAUAAGACGCUGUCAGCUAAGGCUUCCUAUGGACUGCCUUUAUUUUAGGAAACUCAAGACAAUAGUUAACCUCCAUAUAAUUUUGGCCUUACUAAAAUUUGUUGUGCAUUAUGUUGAAAGCCAGGUUUACUUCACCUCACUCUAUUCUUCUUAGGUAAAUAAAUUCACCAUACCAAGUAACCAGAAUGGGUCAGUUCAGUUGGCCCAUAAGGCAGUAGAUUUGAGCAGCUAGCUACACCUAUUGUCACAUCAAAUGCUAGGCACCGGAAACCACUUGAGCCAGGAGGGUGAACUGUUAAUUGCAGAGACAUUUUCCACACACUUUAGACAUUUAUGAAUGUUUUACAUUUGUGUGAUUGCCUUAGAUAGUAAAUUUACAUAAUACUAAGGAUGAUGAUCUUUUUUAAAAAAAAAGUCGUAACAUACAUUAUCCCAAAGAAAAGUUUUUUGUUUUAGUCUUUUCAAAGUAACUGCAUCAGCCUUAAAUUACCAGUGCUAUUUCAGGUUCUCAAUCUAAAUAAAUCUAACUUAUCUAAUCAUAGGUAAGUUUCAUAUUUAUUUCCUGUAAAGACAAUAAACUUCCCCUUCUUAAGUGUUUUAAUGAGCACCAACUGUGGUGACUUGGUGGAAUAAUGUUAAGAGAGGCUGUUGUGUGCUUGGACUUUUAUUAUAUUUUUUAUUUUUACUUUUUGAUACCCAGGUGCUUUUUAAAAUUAUUCAGGUAACAUUGAUCUUAAAUUGACUAAGCCCUUGUAAAAGCCAUUUGUAAUAGUUACAUGUAGCGCUGAAAAAGCUUUUCUACUUAACUUUUAUUCUAUUCUUACAUGGUGUUUUCUUUUUUCCUGUACAGGCUUUUUCUUUAACUUUCUCGAAAAGGCAUUUAUUGUUCUCUUUCCCAAUGCCCCUCCCUGCAGUUUAUUUAAACUUCUAUUGAGAGAUUCUGGAGCUAAGACAGCCCAGCUUUAGAGUUGAACAAAAGUAUAAUCUGCUUUACAACUAGUACGUCCCGUGGCAACCAAGUGUCAUUUGCUUUCCAUAAGAGGUUCCAAAGUCUUCACAGUGAAAAAAUAAAAGUUUGUGUUUCAUCAUUCUCAAUUCAACUGUAGCACGUUAAUACAUGUUUUGUUUAAACUUCUUGCAUAGUUUAAAUUUAUGUAAGUUAACUAAUGUCUUUAACCAUUAUUACUUGACUAUGGUUGUAUUAAAUUUUAUUUACCAAAAAA